GCAGCAUUGCUGGAGGAAAACUGCAGCGGAAAUGUUUUGUUAUGCUGAACUUCAUGAUAUUUAGGACCUUGUCGUGAUUGUUUUGGAGGAAGCAGGGGGAGCCAUGUAUGCGGCGGUGCCGACGAGCGAUCCGGCGCCCGCGUCGGUGGCGCCCCCGAGGGACAUCGUUCAGGAGGUGCGCCGGUCUAAGUUUCUGCAGAGACUGGAGACGUUUCCUGCGACAAGAGUAAUCGCAAUGGAGAGCGAAGGCGACGCAGAGCCUGAGAGGGAGCCACUGAAGUUCGAUGUGUGCACGGAUGGUAUGCCGGAGGACAUCGCACAGUGCGUCCUCGGCAUCAAGGGUGUCGCAGAGAAGAUGCUCUACCAUUGGAAGACGUUCCCCAUCCAGCUUCCGCCUCCCAUCGCCGUGGUAACCGAGGAAUCGACGCCGACAAGGAAGAAGACGAUCAACAUGCGCGAUCUGUUCAUCGCUCCGUCGUUCGACGAACUCGAGCAGGUCGCGCUCAACACGAACGGUGAACUGCGUCACCUCAACGAGAAACAGCUGAGCUCCGUCCAGCAGAUGGGGGAAUUUGAGGUGGAAAGCACAAACUUUCCUUCACAAGUACAUAGGUGGCGCCUUAGUCAACUGCUGCAGAAAGGGGUGAUCCGUACGCAAGCAGCACUGCUCUGUGACUUGGCCUUGGCAUUAAGGCUCGUCAUAAUCACAGCUAGGAACAGACUGCACUCCCACUUCUUCAGCCUCUGCCAGUCUCUUACAGCACUCGUCACUGGAUGCCUCAAGCUGCUAGAUGUUGUCAUCGGUGUGCCUUCGAACAAGGCUGUCAACCUGGAGCUGCAGCUGUGGGAAGAGCGAUGCAAGCACCUGGUCGCCGAACUCAAAGUCAGGAGAGGGCAUGAGACAGCGUUGGAGACAUACUGUGUCUACGUUAAGCAGAAGUGUCGGCAGCACAGCAUGGAGAAAUACAGGCUGGACGACAAUGACCACCUGCCGCCCGUGCCCUACCUCUUCCAGAGCCCCAAGGGCAUUGAGUUGGACCUGAGGCUCUUUAACAAAGAUGUGAUGACGGAGGCGUUACCGCUACUGUCUGCGAUCCUGGAGCAGGAGUCGAAGGGCUGGUUCGUGCAAUUUCGUGAGAAGUGCAUCUCAGAGAGGAAGGGGCAUGGCAUCAGUGACGAGGAGAUUGAAAAG